CGGGUCCGCCCCACGGUGCUGCCCCGCCUCUACCCGGCGUCUGCGGGACGGGACGGGCCGAAGGAGCAGCAUCAUGGGGCUGGAGCUGUACCUGGAUCUGCUGUCGCAGCCCUGCCGGGCCGUCUACAUCUUCGCCCGGUGCAACAACAUCCCGUUCGAGUUCAAGCGCGUGGAGCUGAUGAAGGGGCAGCAGAGGACCGAGGAGUUCAGGAAGGUGAACGUGCUGAUGAAAGUGCCUGCACUGAAGGAUGGUUCCUUCACCUUAGCAGAGAGCGUUGCCAUCCUCAUGUACCUGGCCCGGAAAUUCAAGACUCCUGAUCACUGGUACCCCUCCGACCUGCAGAAACAGGCCAGGAUUGAUGAGUAUCUGUCAUGGCAGCAAGCCCACAUUCGUGGGAAGGGGAGCAAGCUGUUCAUUAGUAAGAUGCUGGUACCUCUCCUUACAGGCCAGCCGCUGCCUCCAGAGAAACUGGAAGGUGCUACCGAGGAGCUGAACGUUGUCCUGAAUCAGUUUGAGGAGAAGUUCUUGCAGGACAAACCCUUCAUUGCGGGCAGUGACAUCUCCUUGGCAGACCUUGUAGCCCUGGUGGAGCUCAUGCAGCCUGUUGCUUCUGGCUACGACCUCUUUGCAGAGAGGCCCAAGUUGGCGGAGUGGCGCAGGCGGGUGGAAGAAGCCGUGGGGAAGCAGCUCUUCCAGGAAGCACACGAGGAGAUCCUGAAUGCCAAGAGUGUGACUGCUGAUAAAAUUGCACCUGAGCUGCGGGAGCACUUCAAGCAACAGCUCUUAAAGCAAGUCAACUAGAACGAAGGGCGUUACACUCCAAUUACAGUGAAUUAUUUUGUGUAGGCUUUUAGUAAUAUUUCAAUAUUUCCUCUAAUAAUCGUACAAAAAAAAAAACCUGCAUUCUGGAAAAUGCUCUUCAAUUACAGCCUGUCUGCAACUUAAAAGGGAAGAAAACUGCAGCCAGAGUUUGGCUGCUGCUCCUGCCCAGGAGGGUGAGGGAGCACCUGGCCACUAGAGGCUGCUGCGUUACCGAUCAGAGCAAAGGGACCCUUGGAACAAGAGAGCUAUGCAUGUUUUCAAGUGAGAUCUGAGAAGGAUGGGGUGAAUCCCAUGAACGAAGAUCCUCAAUGACAGCCGUUUAAUGCCAUCAUCUAUAUAGCUCAUACACGGUUGAGAAAAGCUGGUUUUCUAGGUAAAACCGCUGCCGACCACAUGGUCGCUUUCCUCAUGCCAUACUGGUUCUCCAUCCCUUCCCCAGCUGCCUUGACAUUUAAAGUAGGUUCCCUACUGCUGAACGCUGCUGUGGCUGGGCCUGUACUGGGGGUGUGUGUGUGUAUGUGUGGUGAUCAGCACCAGGACAAGUGCAGUGCUUAGCAAGUGAUCCAGCUAAUGCUGAAAUAAUUCAUGUUCCACUACUCUUGUGUCAUGACUUACUCUCCAGUAAAGUUAAUUGUUACGCUUGCAA